CAAGGAGAAAGGGGACAAGGACUUCAGACUUCGCGCUGUUAUUCUGGCACGCCAGAGAGAGAAGAGUUUCCUUAUUUUCCUAGUCACCAUGAAAACGGUCAUCCAAAUCUUGUGCUUCUUCCUUUUAAUAACUUUUUACAAAUGUGCAGUCAUCACUGGGGCUUGCGAGAGGGAUCUGCAGUGUGGAGCCGGGACAUGCUGUGCCAUCAGCCUGUGGCUUCGAGGACUCAGGAUGUGCACUCCGCUGGGACAGGAAGGAGAUGAAUGCCACCCAUUCAGUCACAAGGUCCCUUUCCUUGGAAAACGCCAACACCACACCUGCCCGUGUUUGCCAAACUUUAUAUGCUCCAGGUUCAUUGAUGGCAGAUUCCGGUGUUCAGUAGACUUCAAGAACAUAGACUUUUAGCAAACAGGAUGGAGCUUCAGAGCCCUUCCCAGCUGGAGGACCGGGCAGCACUGCUCUCUGAAAUGAGCACCACCCAACACCUUUUUUAAUUUCUCUUCACCACCACCAAGUAUUCUACAGUGAGUGUAAAGACAAAACACAGGUAGAGGGAGAUUUUCAAAGGCACAAAUAACAUUGAGCACUGAUUAAGCACAGCCUUCAGUAGAUCUCAAAAUGCAUUACUAAAGAGGUUAGGAUCAUUAUCCCCAUUUUAUAGCUGAGAAAACUGAGGCACAAGUAGGCAAAGUGACUUACCCAUGGUCACUCAGCAGACCAGUGGCAGAGACAGGAAUAGCACCUUGGUCUUCUGAGGCCACAUCCAGUGCUUUGUUCACUAGCGUGUGUGCACUCACCUAACUCCCAUUGACUUUCAAUGAGCUGGGUGCCUAACUGCCCUUUGAAAAUCUCCAACAUCUUCUGAAAAUGUCAUUCUGCAUGUAAAAAGAAGUGGGGGAUGCUGUCAACAAUACUUCAGACCCAACAUUUAUUUUAUAUAACGGAACGAAGGGGUUUUACUAGAAAGAAAGGUUUUCAGGAUUAAAAAACCCUCACUCAUAUGGUUAAGUGCUUACUCACCCAAAUAACCCCUGUGCUGUUAUUCUUAGUAAGGCAUGGAGCUUAUGCUUAACAGUUAUGGGAUGCUUGAAUAAAAAGAAUAUAAGACCAGAGGCAGGCUGCAGCUUAUGGCAUCCACUGUCUGAUCUGCUCCAUGCCAUCUACACCAGAGCGCCACCUUGCAAAAGGAGGAGGAACUUUGGCCUCUGUAGUCAAACCCCACAUCCCUGCACACCAACAGCAGCUGCUCCACGCAGUCCUGUUGUAUCCAGUGGGUCUACUCUGGGAGUAAGUACUGAUCAGGGUUUUACAAUCAGACUAGUGCAGGGGAAUAGGAACUGAAAAUAAACAGCAGGUGAAAUUAACCAGCCGAGUUUCAUUAACCAACCACAGUGAAAUGCUAAGCUGAACAGCAGCUCUGUGGAGCUCAAAAACUUGUCUCUGUCGCCAAGCAGAAGUUGGUCCAAUAAAAGAUUACCGUGUGUGUGAGAUCCUGGGACCCACACAGCUACUCCAACAUUGCAAACUAAAUAGUGUACAUUCUCCUCCCCCCCCCCGCCCCAUUUCAUUUUUGAAAGUCUCAGCUGGUCAGAGAAACUUUCAUAGAACCAUAUUUUGAGAGAACAUACAGGUCCAUCAAAUCAAAAUGCUUUGCGAAAUUUGGUUGUUUGCAGUGGAAUCUCCUUUUAGAAGGGAAUUGGAAAAAAGCUCCAACAUUAUCAAAAUGGGAAAGACAUUUUCAGAAUAAAAUCUUUUGAUUUUUUGUUUUGU